AUGAUCUUUUCCAACGUCACUACCUACAGACCCUUCCUUCUGACUGGUUUCCCUGGCCUGGAGGACUCUCAUCUGGUGAUUUCCACCCUGUUCUGUGCCCUCUACCUAGUUGCCCUUAUGGGUAACAGUACCAUCUUAGUGAUUAUCCGGGUGGAAGAGUCACUUCAUGCACCCAUGUACCUUUUACUUUCCACACUGGCUGCCACUGACCUGGGACUCUGUGCUGCCACUCUUCCCACCCUGCUUAAGCUUUUUUGGUUUAAUGUUCGUGAAAUAGACUUCUAUGCCUGCUUGAUCCAGAUGUUCUUCAUUCACGUUUUCUCCCUAAUGGAGUCAGGCAUCCUGCUUACCAUGGCUUUUGAUCGUUAUGUGGCCAUCUCCAACCCACUCAGGUACACUACUAUUUUGACUAAUGCAACCAUUGUCAAGAUAGUUGUGGGGCUUUUGCUAAGAGCUGUGGCUGCUGUCUUCCCAGUACCAUUUUUCAUUAAGCGACUGAGGUUUUGCAAGGCCAAUGUGCUUUCACACUCCUACUGCCUGCACCCAGAUAUCAUCAAGCUAUCCUGCUCUGACCACCACAUUAAUAGUGUUUAUGGCCUCAUCAUGAUCCUCCUCACUUUUGGAGUGGACUCUGUAUUCAUUCUUCUGUCCUAUUUGAAGAUUUUAGUUACUGUAUUAAGCAUUGCCUCCCAGGUAGAACAAUCCAAGGCCCUCAACACUUGUGUCUCCCACAUUUGUGCAGUACUGCUCGUCUAUGUCCCUAUGCUGGGGGUGUCUAUCAUCCAUCGUUUUGGGAAACAUGUUCCACCACUUGUGCACAUUAUUAUGGGUUAUGUAUACCUGUUGGUCCCUCCUGUUCUCAAUCCUGUGGUAUACUGCAUUAAAACAAGGGAGAUACGCACUCGUAUUCAGAGUCAUCUCCUGAAAUGGUAG